AUGUCGGCUCUCUCUAAUUGUUCGACGACUGUUUGGGCAUCGAAUGCAACAACAAUUGUUGGUUCACCUACAGGUUUUGCAGGUUUCAAUUCAACAUUGUUAAAUGGUCUAAUAGGCAUCGCGGUUGGUACAAAUGAUUCGAUUUAUGUCAUGGAUCAUGGUACAUACUUUCGUAUGCAACUUUUUUAUCCAGGUAGUCAAUUAGGAAUAACAAUCUUUAACGCCACCUUUGGUUCAGAUCUCAAUCAGCUCUCUUCCGUCAACGCUUUUAACUUAGAUAUGAGUGGUAAUAUCUAUAUACUUGACACGGGAAACAAUCGUGUUACAAAAUGGGUCCCAGGAGCAUCAACAGGUAUACUUGUAGCCGGUGGCAACGGACAGGGCAGUUCUAUUAGGAAACUAAGUAAUCCUUACGACCUUUUCGUUGAGCCAAAUACAUCCUAUAUUUGGAUAGUUGAUUAUAAUAAUUGCCGGGUUGUGAAAUGGAUAAAUACAUCGACUGCAAUGCUUGUUGCAGGUGCCGGUUGUGGUACACAAGCUAGCCAAUUUUAUUAUCCUACCGGAUUAUUUGUUGACACAUCUGAUUCGAAUACACUUUAUGUGGCAGACUAUUGGAAUCAUAGAAUCCAAAAAUGGCUUUAUGGAGCAAGCAGUGGAAUAACGGUUGCCGGACAAUCAGGUGUGUAUGGUAGUGCACUUAAUCAACUUAAUAAACCAUAUACUUUGACUGUGGACACGAGUGGAUCAUUAUACAUUGUGGACUAUGGAAAUAAUCGAAUCGUUUUAUGGUUAUUAGGAGCUACAUCGGGUAUAGUCAUUGCUGGUGAUAAUACUAACGGAGUAUUACCAUCUCAACUAAAUGGGCCUUGGAAUAUUAGACUUGAUUCAACUGGAGCACUUAUUGUUAAUGACUACGGUAACAAUCGGAUUCAAAGAUUUUCUGUUCUUUGCUCACCAAAUAUGACGUCAUCAUCUUCAUCAACAACAUCAGUAUUAACCAACUCAACACCAAUUGCUGCUACAUCACAAAACACAACAAUUGCUGUUCCACUUACUACCAAAAGUCUUACAACAUCAGCAAGUGAGUAG